AUGGGAAAAUCACGUGACAUUAACUUUUUAAAAGGUAACUUCAGCAACUUCGGUGAAACCAACAGUGACAUCAGGAAGCCAAGCCACAACUGCCGUAUCAUGAGCCAGGACAUGUGGUGGGGUGCGAUUGGUUCCUCGUUCACCGUCUUCAUUGGAGGCAUGCUGUUCAUCCUCAUUUAUAGAGGCCUGAGGACUGCUUGUGAUCUAUUAUCUGGAUUUACUCGAGGACAAAAACCAAAGUGGGCAAGAAGAAAAAGCUUGUUACAAAGUCAUGAAAUCUCGAUCACUGGAAAGCACCAGAUCAGCAACGUUGUGCUGGAGAAACGAGUUCAGGGAUUGACAUCGGAGGAGAUUGCACGCCUGAAUGCCACAGAAACUUCAAAAGUAAGGGAUGUCGAUCUGAUGCACGCAGUCCAGGAAUGGGCUCAGCGAAUGAUAUCAGCUCAGUCUCUGAUUGGCCAAGGGCUUGUGAGUAAUAAGAAUGAGAAGUUUCACCUGAGACACCAAGACUUAAAAUCAGACUUCAAACAGGGCUUUGUAAUGAUGGUAUUCUUACUGAGCUUUGGUUCCCUUUUCAUCUACUUCGUCACCUCAAUAGAGAGUAAUGAAAGCACAAAAGUGGUUCUGAGCACUCUACAGAUGGUUGAUCUAUGCUUUAAUGCAUUCUUUUUAUUUUACUUUGGAAUGCGUUUCAUUGCAGCACAAGACAAGCUUCAGUUCUGGUUUGAGCUCAACUCUAUCGUGGACUUCUUCACUAUCCCUCCAGGUUUCGUCGCACUCUAUUUCCGUAAGGACUGUAUUGGCUUGAGGUUCAUGAGGUCUCUUCGCUUGCUGCAAUUACCUGAAAUCCUACAAUACCUCCGGCUUCUGAAGAGAAAUUCAAAAAUCAAAUUGGCAAGUCUGCUGUCAGUGUUUCUGGGCACAUGGUUCACGGCUGCUGGCUUCAUACACAUAAUUGAAAAUUCAGGAGACCCGUGGCUCACAGAACCCAAUGAACAAAGUUUAACCUACUGGCAGUGUGUCUAUCUCCUCAUGGUCACCAUGUCUACUGUUGGAUAUGGUGACUUGAUUGUCAAAACUACAGUCGGCCAGGUCUUCAUGGUAUUCUUCAUCAUUUUGGGCUUGGCCUUAUUUGCGAGUCAUGUCCCUGAGAUUAUAGAAAUUAUUGGGAGCCAUCGGAAAUAUACUGGGAAAUACAGCCACUCCACAGGUAAAAAAUAUGUUAUAGUCUGUGGUCACAUUACUCUGAACAGUAUCCAUGAUUUUCUGAAGGAUUUCACUCGUAAAGAAAGAGAGGAAAGUUUAACAGACAUUGUAGUUAUGGAGAACUUUAACCCUGGCCUUGAACUUCAGGCCUUGUUCAAACGACACACAACUCAGAUGAAGUUUUUCCAAGGAUCAGUACUCAGCCCCAGUGAUUUGGACAGGAUUCGGCCAGACAAUGCAGAUGCCUGUCUAAUUUUGGCAGACAAAAACUGCCUGAAUCCUGAAGCGGAAGAUUCUGCAAAUAUCAUGAGGGCAAUAGCUGUCAAGCAGUACUGUCCUGAAAUAAGAGUGAUUGCCCAGGUACUGCAAUACCACAGCAAGGCCUACCUGCAGAACAUCCCCAGCUGGGACAUGAAGAGGAGAGAUAGUGUGAUCUGCUUGUCGGAGUUGAAAAUGGGAUUUAUUGCUCAGAACUGCAUCGUCCCAGGCUUCUCCACGCUUUUGGCCAAUCUCUUUGUCAAGAACACCCAAGAAGCGCAUAAAACUGGAAACUGGCUCGAAAUCUACAAAGAAGGACUCAGCCAGGAGAUUUACACCGAGUUUCUGUCUGACAGCUUCGUCGGCAUGCCCUUUAAUUCUGUGUGCGAGGUGUGCUAUGUUCAGCUAAAGCUUCUAUUGAUAGCCAUUCAAUAUAGGACCAGCUCAGACAACAUCAGUAUACUGAUCAACCCAGAUCCUAGCAUUCUGAUUCAGGAACAUACUCUCGGGUUCUUCAUUGCCAAGAAACGUACCCUUGUACAAAGAGCAAAUAUAUACUGCACUGAAUGUCAUCAAGAUAUUGUUGACCCCAGGCGAAUUAAGAAGUGUGGAUGCAAAAGAACACACGACAAUGAAAAGCUUCAUUAUUCUGUGAUCCGAAGCCAGUCGUUGGGAGUGCUGCCAAGGCAGGGCGCAUCACUUGAAAAGAUUGAAGCAAUGCUAAAUAGAGAGAAUGUGAAAUUGGAUUCCACUGGUAUGUUCCACUGGUGCCCACCAAAGGGCAUCAAUCAAGUCACACUGAAUCGUGCAAUGGCAACGAGACUGCGACUCUCCAGACACGUGAUCGUCUGUAUCUUCGGGGAAGCACAGUGCCCUGGGAUAGGGCUGCGCAACUUUGUUAUGCCUCUACGAGCAAGCAGCUUCGCCUACGAUGAACUCAAGGCCAUUGUGUUUGUGGGCUCUCUGGAUUACAUAAGCCAGGAGUGGUCAACCAUCAGCAACUUCCCCAAGAUAUUCAUUUUACCGGGCUCACCAUUAUGUCGUGCUGAUUUAAAAGCAGUUGGCAUCGGUUCCUGUGACAUGACCGUCAUUAUCUCAUCAAACCGGACCAAUUUGCAGGAGAAGACCUUGGAAGACAAGGAGUGUAUCUUAGCAACACUCAAUCUCAAGGCAAUGCUUUUUGAAGAAUCCAUGGACAUCAGUAACAUGUUAUCGGAAUCUACUGCAGGAAGUGAUCAUCCAAGUGCUGAUUUAUCGACCGUCGAGAACAAGCAUUACUACAGAAUUCCUGUCAUCACCGCACUUGUUCACGAUUCCAAUGUCCAUUUUCUGGAUCAGGAGGAUCGCGAUGAUCCCAAUACGGAUCUUUACCUUACACAGCCAUAUGCCAGUGGAUGUGUGUUUGCAUCAAAUAUUUUGAAUUCCUUGAUGUGCACAACAUACUUCAAUGACAACAUUCUGAUGCUGAUACGUACCCUCGUUACUGGGGGUGGGACACCGGAGCUCGAAGAACAGUUGGCUGAUGAGGACUCUCUGAGGGGUAGCAUCCAUGCUCAGGACAAAGCAGAGCAGCGGAACCGUUGCAAGCUAGCACGAAUCACCCUGUGUGACGAGCGCUUUGCAGAGUUUGCUGAUGGAGGAAGGUACAUGGAUCUGUUUUGCAAAGCACUGAAUGUUUAUGGGAUACUUUGCUUUGGAAUAUUUCGAUUGCAAGAUCCAGAAAAGCAAUCAAAGAAGCGAUUUGUCAUCACAAAUCCCUCCCCUUUAUUUGAACUUAAUAUGACGGACUUUAUCAUGUGCACUGUGCCCUUCCACGACACACAAACCAUGGCUACUUCCACCUACUGUCACAGAAAUUACUCUUCCAAGUUUAUUCCAUUGCACACAUUGACCAGAAAAAGUUCCAUGAGAUUCACAAAGAUUCCAAAGGAUGGUCAUGAGUCUGAGAAUGAGAAUAGAUUCGUCAAAGAUGAGGAGAAACCAAUUGAGGACAGGCACAUUUUGAGCACAGAAAGAGUUUUCGAAGGCAGUAGUGCCUCCAAAAACAGGUUAAAAACUUUGGAAAGGGCUGUGAUUGACCAGUGGAAACAUUUCAAAAGAACGACUGAAUUGCACGUGCAUCCAAAGGACAAAACUAAAUCUGUUAACAUGACAGCAAUUGAGCGAUCAAAGGAUGUGUCAAAAUCCAGUGAAACCUCAUUGGUGAGACUGUUUGAGGUGCCACCAAAUCCUGACAAAGAGACCACAGCUGGAAGCUUCGAAAGAGAUUCAAUACAUGAAGAAAUUGUCACUGGACAAUUAGAGAUAACACAAUCUAAUAGCGAAAACAAGAGCAGACAAUCAAAAGAAGACCAAAAAUCUGGUGAAGAAACUAUAGCUGAGGAAUCCAGAGAUGACCAAAGAUCUGGUGAAACUGCUCUAGAGUGA